AUGCAUGCUGAAAUGAAUUUAGCAGCAAUUUCUGACAAGUGCCUAGCCUGUAUUUGUCAGGUAGAAUCAAAUUGUAAUAGGAACAUAAAAUGCCGUUUGGAUGGCGCAUCAGAUUCCUGUGGACCUUUUCAGAUAAAGAACGUGUAUUGGAUAGACUGUUAUCGACCAGGCAGUGGUUUUAGACAGUGUGCGAACGACUACACUUGUGCAAAGGGAUGUACACGGGCUUAUAUGAGACGCUACGGGGGAAGAACAUGUGGAACGACUUGUGAAGAUUACGCACGAAUGCAUAAUGGAGGUCCUACUGGCUGUAAAAAAAGUUCCACUAACUCGUACUGGAGAAAAAUUAUGGCGGCAGGCUGCAGCAGAAAUAGCUAA